AUGGCAAGCAAAGCUGCACAUAAGCGGUUGACCCGCGAAUACAAGACUAUUUCCGAGAACCCGCCACCUUACAUCACAGCCCACCCUUCCGAGUCGAAUAUCUUGGAAUGGCACUACAUAAUUACCGGGCCCGAAGACACGCCUUACCACGGCGGCCAAUACUGGGGCACUCUGAUCUUCCCUCCCAACUAUCCGUUUGCGCCGCCAGCCAUCCGCAUGCACACACCUUCGGGACGAUUCCAACCGUCGACUCGACUGUGCCUGUCGAUAUCAGACUUUCAUCCAAAGUCGUUCAACCCCGCGUGGGAGGUUUCGACCAUUCUUAUCGGUCUACUGUCAUUCAUGACGAGUGAUGAGAUGACCACUGGUUCGGUGUCAACAACCCAAACAGAAAAGAAAUACCUCUCCUCACGGACCCGAUGGUGGAACUCUACAGGCGGAGGAUCGCAUGCUAAAAAUCCUGCUCUAAAGGGCAAUGUGAAGGCUGGUGACGGCGGCGCCAAGUUCCGUGCCGAAUGGCCCGAGGUCGACCUGGACAACUGGGAGUGGAUGAGGAAGAAUAAGGUCGACUCGACAACGGGAAACCGGUUGGACGGCGAGGGCGGAUCAUCAUGCGGGCCACAGCUAGGGAUUGCAGGGACUAGCGGCCACCAAGCACAGGCUGUAGUGGAUGCUGUUGUUCAGCAACGUGAUGCUGGCCGCGGUUGGAUAUAUCGGAACAAACUGCUGGUGGCGGGAGCGGCAAUCUUUAUUUACGUGCUUAUUGCAAGGCUCGUGAACGGCGAAGGGAUUGCGUAG